UCAUGUAAACACAACUGUCGCGGUUGGUUGUGGUUGUAUCUGGAGCUAGUAUCGCUAGCUAGAUAGAGCUAAAGCCCAAGUUAUUUUAAUUGGACUACGUUACGAAGAUUGUUAGUUUUAUAUGCAAGAAAUCACUCGGUUUUUGUAUUACGUGCCGUAGUCAGCAAAUUAAGAACAUUAGAUAAGAGGGUUAGCGUUAGCUUAUCGUGACGUUAGCGUUAGCUUGUACCAAUGAUAAAGCACUUGGGACUGGCUUGAUAACUAGUUAGUCAACGGCCGAUCUCUAUACAGUUUCAUAGACAAUUGACGGUACCUACACAUGUCUGUGUUGUUUAUUGCAUUAGCUGAUUAUAUUGCAGGAGUUGCGAAAAUGGAUAAUAGUAUCAUAACGUUAUUCAGCGUAAUUAGCUAGCCAGGCAAGGUUAGCUUAACUGAGAUAAUAGGCCAUCGACUGACAGGAAACAAGCUACAAGUCGAUAACGUCAACCAGCCGAGUCCUUUUGACUGGUCUGAGCAAAACAGAAAGAAAGCUCUUCUAGAUUAAUUAAGUGUCAUCAUAUGUUGACUGAAAACAGGAAACGGCAGCGCAGUGGUGGUGAUGAGGAGAGUGGCCACCUGGUACCCCAAGCCAAAAGGCAGAGCAGAGGUCAUCCUCUCUCUCCUGAGCCAGGCCGGGAUGCCUGGGACUCUGAGUCAUCGAACAGUGAGAGCAGCAGCAGCAUCAGCAGUCCAGAACAUGCAGCUGGGAGCUGUAGCAGUCAGUGUGCUGUUGGCCCCUGCAGUCCCCUUAGCACCAGCAAGUCUUCAGAGCUGGUUGGCCCUACGAACCCAGUGUCGUACCUGCAGAUCAACCGCAUCCUGAAGGAGGCCCACUUCCAGAGCCUGCAGAGCCGAGGUCACCUCAGAGACACAUGACGGCAUAAUGUCCGUCUGUCAGCCACCUGAGGACGGAUGCCCUGGAGCAUGUCAGAGCAUCACGUGCUGAACCACUUCACUCAGCGCUUCACCCAUCUCCAGUUACUGCGGUACUUCACAGCUCAACAGAUCUGUGGAUGAAGACCAGCACCUGGUCAGGUAUCUGGGGGCGGUUCAUCGUUCAAAAAAAUCUACGUGAUAAUCAUUUUAGCAAUAAUAAGUGUGCGAUCAACUUAAUAUUUUUUUUUUGAUCCACUUAGUUUCUGACCAGUCUGGUUUACGUGCUGCUCUGAGAGCCUUAUUGUGACUGAUUGAUGAUGUAUUUUGUCUUAAAUGUUGUAUGGAAACAGUGGAGCCUCAGAAGUGGCCCCGAACACAAUUUGUAGGCCGGUCAGUGUGACUUGUUUAGUCUUCUAGUAGGGUACUAUAGUUGUAUAAUGCUGAAUCAGAUGUCUGUGUAAGUACAUGGACCAGUCUCAGGGAGGAUUUGCACUUGUCUUGGACUGCUCAUCUGCUUUCAUAUUCAGACAGGGACUCCUUUACAGGGGGGCUGUACUGUAGAACCCAUUGGUGUGAACUUGCCUGAGUAAGCUGUUUUCCACCCUUAUGUAGAUAAUAGGGUAUUUUAAAAUGCUUUCAAUAGAUUUCAGUUAAAUGUAGUGGAGUCCAGCCAUAGAACAGGUGAUUAUGUUUUAGAGUUGGUCCUACAUUUUUAAAGGAUUUCAUAAUACUCCCAAGACAGAGAAUUUUGGAAGAGUAUUUGCUAAUUUUUCAUCAGAGACCGCACUGGGUGAAAAAUCAACUCUUAGUUCAGUAUGUGCAUUGAGAUGCACAUCCAGUUCCGGGUGCAGAUAAAAAACUUUCUAAACAUACUUGAUUAUUAAUAUCUUGUUGAGUGUUGUUGCUUUCCGGUGUUCAUUUUUCCCCGUUGUUUUUUUUUCUCCUGAUCAUACAAUAGACUAUUUUAUGAGCAAUAAUCUCUUGUCGCUGUGUGGUGACAUGACAUAACCCACCUGUUUUCUCAUGACCAUUAGAUAACAUUAUCUGAAGUCAUCUAUAACAAGCAACACUGUUAAAUGUGAGAGGUUACAUUAUAUAUAGGAAUUUAAGAAGCAUUAUUAUUUUAAAAUAAUGCAACUGCAACCAAAAGAGCCCAUCCAAAGUCAUUAUAUUAUCUACGAAGAGUAAUGGUUCACCUGUGACAGUUAUCAGUUCCAUGAUGCCUCUUGAACAUGAAGACAUAUUAGGUGAAGAUUGCCUUAUAGUAAUGAGAAUAUAGUUGGAUUAAUGUCAGAAUUGAUCACAAGAGGAUAAAGUUUAUUAUCUCGAAAUCAUGAGAGAACUUUGUCAUGAGAUAAGGUCAGGCAAGGAAAAGAUCGUUUUUCUUUUAUGUGUCUGUGACCUGUUUUGCCAUGAUCACAAGGAGAAAACAACAACAGUAACAUCUGUGAACGCUACAACUUUGCAUAUUUCUUACUUUGUCAGUCUUGCGUUUUUUUGUCUUUCUUAUAUGUAUCACGGACUGUUGGACGUGGCAUUCAAGAAUGUUGGGACAUGUAGUUCAUUCUGUCCAGAGGGGGUUGUAGUACAACUUUUGGGAACAAAAUAACAUUCCCCAGGCUUGGAUUGCAGUAUUACUGGAGCCACUAAAAGGUGAUUUUUAACUGCAGACAAGCCUUUCUGCCGGAGCAUUACCUUUUUGAAGGUUGCUGUAUGAGUAUCCCUGUGCACUAAACAUCCAUGUAGGUAUCCUGACAACCUGAUGUACGGCAAUGCAUCACCUUUUCUUAAUAAAGCUGGACUGGUGUCUUUGUCCAACCAUUGUCCCAGGAGUAAGCUCAGCAGUUUAUUUUAAUUUUUUUAACUGGUGUGUCAGAAAUAAAAGCAUUUUUGAAGAUGUGGUUUAUUUUUUUUUUUCAAUUAUAUAUAUUUUUUGUAUUUAGUAAUGUAAAUGAUAUUAAUCUGGCAUUGUUUUUCCCCCCUUGUGAAUACCCCCUCAUUUCAGAAAUAAAAUUUAUUGGUUUUUUUAACAAA